AUUGCCGGCAAGAUGAGGGAGGAUGCUGGACGCUCGCUGUGAUCGUUGUGCGGGUGCGGAUGAGGAACAACCGGAGCUAGUAUAGGGUGCAGGAAUUCCUAUCAGAAACGUUAGUCUGUCGGUGAUCGUCGCGCGGGUUGGAUGCAAAAAAAGAGCAAUCGGAUGGCAAGUGUUCCAGGUUCUGGGAUUUUAUAGAAACUAUAUCAGUGCGAAACGGUUUCGAUUCGGUCAUAAAGAUUGAGCAGUUUAGAUUUGGAACCGAAUUAUUCCAGUGCGCCACGUGGAAUUGUAUACCAAAGCUUGGGUGAUUUUACAGCGUGAAAAUGAAAGCAGAGUAACUGGAGUUGUGCAACUAUGAAAAUGAAUAUGUGCAUUAGAAGAUAAAACCAAAGAGAAUAUGUGAAGAUUGUUCCAGUUCGAAGUCUUCGUUCAAAUAGUGAAUAGUAAAUUGACUAAUUUUGUACCACAAUAGUGAUAAAUGAGUGCAUAUCAUUGAUGAAAAUAAGAGCGAAAAUAUAAUUCGUGCUUAGCUAAAUCGAACUAUUUUACCUGUAUGUUCUUAGUGUUUUAAAGAUUAGUUAUUUAACGCAAAAUAAAAUCACCUAAAAAUGACAAACAAGGACUAUCCUCAGAGCAAUGGAUCGCAGCCAUCGGUGAAUCUCAAAAAUGGCAUCAACAACGAUGCGAUGUCCGUGUCCAGCUACAAGGGCUCCAAGGACAUACUGAACGCAAAGUUCAACAAACCGCCGGAAAAAUCCAACAGCACAGUCACCAACACCCAACCCGUAUCGUACUUCAAACUGUUUCGAUUUGCCACAUGGGGAGAAAUAAGUGCCACAAUUCUGGGAGUUAUAUUAGCCUCGUUUGCUUCGCUGGGUCUUCCCUACGGCGUUAUCCUGUACGGUGAAUACACGACGCUUCUGGUGGACAGGACCAUCGGGAUAGGAAAAUCGACUGACACUGCUAUCCUGUCGAUGUUUGGAGGUGGACAUGUGCUGGUCAAUGCCAGCGCAGAAGAGAACCGUCUCGCCAUCCUCCAGGAUGCCAAAGCCUUCGGGCUGGGUGUACUCUUCGUAUCGGUGGUACAGUUCCUCGCAGCUGCACUCAGCGUAGAUAUGAUCAACCGGUCCGCGAAUCGUCAGAUUAGUAGGAUACGAAAACUGUUCCUCCGGGCAGUCCUACGGCAGGAUAUGACCUGGUACGAUCUGAACAGUGACGAUAAUUUUGCUGUGAGAAUAACAGAUGAUCUUGACAAACUAAAGGAAGGCAUUGGCGAGAAGCUCUCCAUUUUUACGUAUUUAGUAAUGUCGUUCACCAUAUCUGUGAUAUUUUCGUUCUUCUAUGGAUGGAAACUAACACUAGUUAUUCUAAGUUGUGCACCGAUUAUUAUUCUAGCCACCGCAAUAGUUGCUAAGAUGCAAAGCACGUUAACAGAAAAGGAAUUGAAGGCAUAUUCUUCAGCUGGAGCAGUUGCAGAAGAAGUGUUGGGUAGCAUUCGUACUGUAGUCGCGUUUGGCGGAGAGCGCAAAGAGCUGGAUCGAUACCGCAAUCGGCUAAGUUCGGCAGAGAGUAAUGGCCGAAAGAAGGGUCUGUUUUCCGGUAUUGGUGGGGGUAUUAUGUGGUUCAUCAUCUACUGCUGCUAUGCACUGGCCUUCUGGUACGGAAUCAGCUUGAUUUUGGAAGAUCGAGGAAAAGACGUAAAAGAUUACACACCAGCCGUGUUGAUUAUUGUAUUGUUCGGAGUACUGGCAGGAGCUCAAAAUCUUGGUCUAUCGUCUCCUCAUUUGGAAGCCUUUUCCACUGCGAAGGGUUCAGCUUCGUCCAUUUUCUCAGUCAUCGAUAGGAUACCAACAAUCGAUUCUAUGGGUGAAAGCGGCCUUAAGCCUCUAUCUAUCGUUGGAAAUAUCAAGUUUACGGGUGUACACUUCCGAUAUCCCGCGAGAAGUGAUGUUCAAGUGUUACAAGGAUUGAAUUUGACAAUCGAUGCAGGGAAAACUGUCGCACUGGUUGGACCAUCAGGAUGUGGAAAAUCUACAUGCCUUCAGUUGAUUCAAAGGUUAUAUGACCCCUUAAAUGGCAAUGUUACAAUCGACGGCACUAAGAUCAACGAACUGAAUAUUACUUGGCUUCGGUCCUUUAUCGGAGUGGUCGGUCAAGAACCUGUCCUUUUCGCAACCAGUAUCGCAGAAAAUAUCCGUUACGGCAAUCCAGAAGCAACUCAGAGUGAAGUGGAAAACGCUGCCAGAAUCGCGAAUUGCCACAGCUUCAUUACUAAGCUUCCUAAUGGUUAUCACACCCUUAUUGGAGAACGUGGUGCUCAGCUUUCCGGUGGUCAGAAACAGCGAAUCGCCAUUGCUCGGGCGUUGGUUCGCAACCCCAAAAUCCUCCUACUAGAUGAAGCCACUUCCGCUCUUGACCCGAACUCGGAGCGCCGUGUUCAGGAUGCACUUGAAAAGGCUAGCCGUGGACGUACUACUCUUGUUGUGUCUCAUCGUUUGUCAACGAUCACCAACGCUGAUAAAAUCGUCUACAUUGAGAAGGGGGUAGUGGCUGAGCAAGGAACGCACGAGGAACUUAUGGCUAAGAAAGGUCUGUACUACAAUUUGGUUAUUGCCAGUGGCUCGCAGAAAAAGGAAGACGAUGAAGCAGAAGCCAUCAAAGAAAUGAGCCCUGCAGGACCAAAAAGUGAAUCAGCGGACGAUGAUGCGUACUCGGAUGAUGAAUCUGAAUCUAACAAAUCAGCGGAAGCCGUUAUGGAUGACAAAGAGGACGUUUACCCAGUAUCUGUGUUCAGAUUGGUGAAAUUAAAUUCUCCCGAAUGGCCUUACAUUUUGUUUGGAUGUGGCGCAGCUAUGGUUGUGGGAGCAUCGUUCCCAUUGUUUGCUGUGCUGUUUGGAGAAAUGUAUGGUAUUCUAUCUGUAGCCGAUCCAGAAUAUGUCAAGGAAGAAUCCAACUUCUAUUCAUUGCUUUUCCUUGUACUAGGACUAGUUACUGGAUUGGGAACGUUCUUUCAAACAUAUCUGUUCAACAUAGCAGGGGUUCGAUUGACCUCCCGUCUACGACAGAAGACCUUUAAAGCAAUCAUCAAUCAGGAGAUGGCAUGGUUUGAUGAAUCGAACAAUGCAGUUGGUGCAUUAUGUGCUCGUCUCUCCGGAGACUGUGCCAGCGUUCAAGGUGCUACUGGCACUCGUAUUGGAUCUUUACUGCAAGCUGCAUCUACGAUAUGUAUCGGUGUAGGAAUCUCGUUCUACUAUUCAUGGAAUCUCACGCUUGUAUCGGUGGUAGCCAUUCCAGUAGUGUUGGGUUCGAUCAUGUUGGAGUCCUGGUAUACGGAGUCUAGUGGGCUGAAGGAGAAACAAUCCUUGGAGAGUGCCAUAAAACUUGCUGUAGAGGCUAUUUCUAACAUCCGAACCGUGGCAAGUUUGGGACAGGAACCUUACGUGCUAGAGCGAUACUAUAAGGAAAUAGCUAAAGUGGAUGAAGCAUGCAAAAAGAAGAGCCGGCUGAGAGGAGUAGUGUUCGCACUAGGUCAAAUAAUGCCAUUUAUGGGAUAUGGUCUGGCACUUUUCUAUGGUGGAAAACUGGUGUCAGAAGCAGAACUGGAAUACAAGGACGUAAUAAAAGUAUCCGAGGCAUUGAUUUUUGGUGCGUGGAUGCUGGGACAAGCCUUGGCGUAUGCUCCGAACGUAAAUUCAGCAAUGUUAUCUGCAGGACGUUUGAUGAAAUUACUCGAUCGAACUCCAAAAAUGCACAACCCUUCAAGUUCCUAUCUAUCAACAUUUGAGAACCGCGAAGGUAACAUCAAAUUUACAGACGUGGAGUUCCGAUACCCAACACGACCAACAAUUCCAAUUUUGCAAGGGCUUAACCUUGAUAUUAAAAAAGGCAACACUGUCGCACUGGUUGGGCCUUCAGGAUGCGGAAAGUCAACUUGCAUACAGAUGCUACUUCGUUACUACGAUCCUGAUAAUGGUAAAGUUGACAUAGAUGGCAUAACGACAACUGAUUUCCAGCUUGGUCGCAUCCGUUCACAAAUGGGUCUCGUAUCGCAAGAACCGGUCCUGUUUGACCGCACCAUUGCUGAAAACAUUGCUUAUGGUGACAAUACUCGUGAGAUAACAAUGCCAGAGAUCAUUGAGGCGUCCAAGAUGGCCAACAUUCAUGAAUUCAUCGUCAAUUUGCCAAAAGGAUACGAUACCAGUUUAGGCACCAAAGGUGCUCAGCUAUCGGGUGGUCAAAAGCAGCGUAUUGCUAUAGCUCGUGCUUUAGUAAGAAACCCUCGAAUCCUCCUACUAGACGAAGCAACGUCAGCGCUGGAUAAUCAAAGCGAGAAAAUCGUACAGAAUGCUUUGGAUCAUGCUCGCAAAGGUCGUACUUGCAUAAUCAUUGCCCAUCGAUUGACAACCAUCCAGAAUGCGGAUCUGAUUUGUGUCAUCCAGAGUGGAGUGGUGGUUGAGUGUGGAACUCACGAUGAACUCAUGGCAUUAAACAAGAUUUACGCCAAGCUCUACGCCAUGCAGCAAGUGGCUUAGAAGUGCACUUAACUUGCGCGCUCGUUCAGUAUUUAUUGUUACUAUUAAUAUCUCGAUUAGAAGAUGAAAUCAGAAGACUUAUCGUGCCGUAACGGGUGUAUGUUUUAUGUACAUCCGAUCAUCUAACACAUAUCGACAAACUGAGAAUAUCUCGGAGCUAGCUUCAAGCAUAGAUGUUUUGUUUGUGUUAGAUUUAGAUUAGUUGUGAUAUUUAUGAAACGCCUCUUUAGUACUUAAAGCUUGAACUUUACAUGUGAAGAAAUCUUCCAAACUAUGCCAAAAGAGUUUGAUACGGCUUUUUAAACUAUAACAGAACAACAAUUCAAGGCUCAAACUAGUUAAAAAACAGCCUACACUACACUAUAGAGCAAUAAAUUUCCAACACAUAUUUAAUCCCCAGUGAACAAACCAUGAACUUACCUAUAAGAACACUUACAGAAUUACUCAACAUUGAUGAAUCUUCAAAACUGUUUUCCCAGAAUUUCUAUCGCCUGCCAACUCGCUAUUACUGUCAUCUGUUCAUAGAUAUGAAAUAAAUUUUUAUUAUCAAAAA